AUGGGGAAAUUGCAGCAUAUAGUUGCUUACAUCACUGGAGGUGCCAACGGAAUCGGGAAGGCUGUCGCGGAGAAAAUUUAUUGUCAAGGUGCCAAGGUGGUUCUGGCCGAUAUAUCUUGCAACGGAGCUAAAGUUGCCGAGAGAUUGGGCGAAAAAGCUUUAUUUACGUGUACCGACGUGAGGCUCGAAAAGGACGUAUUAGAGAGCAUCGAAUGUGCGAAGGCAAAAUUCGGCGGCGUGAACGUACUAAUUAAUUCUGCUGGUGUUGUUGGCUACGAAAAUAUCUACGACUUCAAGAAUAAGAAGCCACAUUCUACUGACCUGUACAGAUGCGUUUUCGAAACUAACGUGUGGGGUUUAUUUAACGUAACGCGCUUAAUGGUCGGCUUGAUGGCGAAGAACAAACCAGAUUCAAAUCAACAAAGAGGAGUCAUUAUAAAUCUUUCAAGCACAAUGGCUUAUGAACCACCACCUGGUUUAGUUGCUUACGGUGCCACGAAAUCCGCGGUUUCCGGCAUGACGAUCCCUUUAGCUAGAGGACUCGCGUCGCAGGGAAUACGUGUUAUCACAAUUUGUCCUGGUUACAUAGACAGCCCCAUGACAGGUGUGUUAUUAUUACGACUGGUAUGCAAUGUUUAGGAAUUUUUAUUUUUAUA